AUGCGCUUUACAUCUGUACCGUUCGUUGCCCUUGCGGCUGUUGGCGUAGUCAACGCCCAGGGUUCUCUGGAUACCUGGAGCCCAGCUGGUACCGGCGACUCUCGUGGACCCUGCCCCAUGCUCAACACCCUCGCCAACCACGAAUUCCUCCCCCACAACGGCCGCAACUUCACCCUCGACAUCCUCAAGCACGCCCUCAAGACUGCCCUGAACAUCAGCGACGACGUCACCGUCCUCCUCCACACUGCGGCUCUCACCACCAACGCUGGCGGCUCAACUUGGGGCCUGGACACCCUCAGCAAGCACAACAUCCUCGAGCACGAUGGAAGUUUGUCUCGCCAAGACAACGCCCUAAAUGGCGACUCCACCUCCUUCAACGCCACCAUCUACGAGCGCACCCGCUCCUUCUUCACCGCCCCCACCAUCUCCCUCCAAAUGGCCGCAAACGCCCGUCUCGCCCGCAUGCUCGAUUCCCUCAAGAGCAACCCGCAAUUCUCCAUCACCCUCCCUGCUGUGGGGUUCAGCCACCUCGAGACUGCCAUCUACAUGAUUGUAUUCGGAGACCGCAAGGAGAAGACUGCAGUAAGGGAGCAGGUCGAUUUCUUCUUCGAAAACGAGCGUCUCCCUACUGAACUCGGCUGGAAAACUCCCAGCACCGUUAUCUCGGGUGCGGAUGUCAAGGAGUACCAGAGUCUUGUUGUGGCGAAUACCAAGUAUCAGGCUGAUAUCAUGGGUCCUUAA